AUGUUUGUGUUUACAUCAACACUGGAGGUCAAAAGUGACGCUAGCUUGGCAAUUUUUGAAGGUGACUAUAAACGCACAAUCACGAAUUAUUGCAAACUUGGAAAUUGGUCGGAGCGAACCGGCUGGCUGUUCGAUAGCCGGUAUGCAAACAAAUGGGAGUUCGACAUCGAUCCUGAAGCCGACGAUCUGGCCGGAUUCCAUCUGCGCGUGGUCGUUUACUUGGAGGAGCCAUUCGUUACUAAGAACGCAAGUAAUCAGUAUGAAGGAUUCUGCAUCGAUUUGCUCAAUGAAAUGGCGGCUAUUCUCAAAUUUAACUACACGAUAAUUGAAGUACAAGAUGGCAGCUAUGGCAUCGAGGACGAAACGGGUAGAUGGAAUGGAAUAAUUGGCGUUUUGCAACGGCACGAAGCGGACUUAUCGGUUUCAGCACUCACGAUCACCUAUAGUAGAGUUGAAGUCGUAGAUUUUACUUUGCCCUUCAUGCAUCUGGGGAUUUCCAUCCUUCUUGCGAGAGCGAAAGACGACUCCGAAAAGAGCUCUUUAUUCACGUUUCUGGAACCGCUUUCCUUCCCGGUUUGGAUCUCCUUAAUCGCUGCAUAUCUCUCCGUUUCCUUCACAAUGUACCUUUUGGCGCGCUUCAGCCCCUAUGAGUGGUAUGACAUCGAGAAAAUUGACGAACGCGAUCGCAGCAUCGAGAAUCAGAAGAAUCAGUUCAGCGUGCUGAACUCACUGUGGUUUGCAGUUGGAUCACUGAUGCAGCAGGGUAGCGACGUAAUUCCGAGAGCUGCUGCCACGCGUGUUGUAGCAGUCAUUUGGUGGAUGUUCACGCAAAUACUCAUCUCAUCGUAUACCGCUCAACUAGCAGCUUUCCUCACAGUCGAACGAAUGUCGACACCAAUAGAAAGCACGUCAGAUUUGGCUAGUCAACAAAAAAUUCGCUAUGGGACGUUGAAAAGUGGUAGCACGAUGGAUUUCUUCCGUGAGAGUCGAAUACCUAUAUAUGAACGCAUGUGGUCCAUAAUGGAAUCUUCUUCUCCUACUGUUUUCGUCAACAGUUCGAAGGAAGGCAUUGCUCGUGUCAAGGCUGGUAACUAUGCGUAUAUGAUGGAAUCGUCUAUGAUUGAAUAUUACAUGGAAAGAGAUUGUCAGUUGCAAAGCAUAGGCGGAUUAUUAGACUCGAAAGGCUACGGGUUAGCUCUUCCAAAGGGUUCUCCUUUGAGGGGAAUUCUAUCAAGAACUGUACUACAGCUCCAGGAAAGGACCAUUCUCGAAGCCCUCAAAAGCAAAUGGUGGCGCGACAUGAGAGAAGGCCCUUCUUGCCCUCCUCCGCCGGAAAAAUCGCGUGCAUCGCCCCCGCAGAGUAUAUUUGGUAUAUUCUACGUUCUCAGUACAGGACUGGUAAUUGCUUUAAUUAUGGCCUUUGGAGAAUACUGCAUUGAAUCUCGGCAUGACACAUUCCGUCUGAGACUGACGGUGCUAGGAAAGAUCCGUGAUUGGUGGCUUGGGAACUCAGGGACAGAAAAGACGGAGAAAUCACGGAAUAAACUUCGAAACAUGCAGUUAGAUACUGCUGGUCAGCCACUUCCAAAACCUGUACUCCUCAGAAGUCCAUGAAACAGCAACGAGUGUCAAGUGUGCUUGCAGAUACUCCGUUCUCGUGCCCAGUUUCGUCCUUGUGAUCUAUGUGGUGCCUCAUUUUCGGUUUUCGUACUAACUGCUACAUCCUUCUGACACCCCCUAAUGGAGACGAACAAAUGUUUGUCGUACGUGACGGUUCGCGACGCCGAAAAAGAGCAUCGUCGACUAUCAGUCGGGAGAAUCUAAGACGUCUCAGUCGCAUGCUGCCCGCCAACCAUGAGCAGCUCAUCCACUCUCGUCUCAGGGAGAAGGAGAAUUCGCUGACACUUGAGGCUUUCUCAGCGAAAAGCGAUCUCCUGGAUGUCAAAACUCGCCUGUAGCACAUGCAUUGGGCUCAGUAUAUCAUCUCCUUCACUAAUCGUUACUCAUAUGCCUAGGUAAACAGUUAGCGUCACUGUUUGUGUUGAAUCAUAACCGCAAUUAAAAUUUAUAAGCAUUAUGAGCCAAGUUCACU